AUGUUGCUGUCAAAACCCUUUUCCGGGCUACUGGCCUUUGCACUGACAGCCCAGGCCAGCUCUCGUCACCAAGUCGCCAAAACUUCAUAUGGUGUUGUUGAAGGUACCACAUCAGAGUAUCUCAGUGGCGUAAAUGUUUGGAAAGGUAUUCCUUACGCGGCCCCUCCAACAAAGUCACUUCGAUUCCGGCCCCCGGAAAAAGCUCAGCCCUGGACAGGGGUGCGCAAUGCCACUGUUUUUGGCCCUCAGUGCCCACAGAUCAACAUGGGUUCCUCCAUUUUUACCACAGGCUCCACUGAAAUGAGCGAAGAUUGUCUUUCCCUGAAUAUCUGGGCACCUGAAAACGCAACUGCCGGGGAUAAUUUGCCUGUCUACUUUUGGAUCUAUGGAGGUCGCUUCUAUAUGGGCUCUGGGGAUGUUGUCACCUACGACGGCUCUUCUCUUGCCAAGAAAAACAUCAUUGUGGUAACCAUCAAUUAUCGCCUGGGAGUCCUUGGCUACAUGGCGCACCCGGAGCUAUCGGCUGAGAGUCCCCACAAUAGCUCAGGAAACUAUGGUGUGCUGGAUAUGAUCUCUGCUCUGACAUGGGUACAUGAGGAAAUCUCCAAUUUUGGUGGUGACCCUAACCAUAUUACUGUCGGCGGGCAGUCGGCGGGCUCUUCCGGUGCAUUAGACAUGAUGUUUAGCCCAUUGACCGAGGGCCUUGGAGUGGCCGGUGUCAUCUCUGAGACUGGUUCUCGUGGUGUUCGCGAUCCUAUGAUGGGAGGUGCCUCAACUAGCUACAGACAGAAGGAGAGCGCCGAGAAUUAUGGAGAGAUCUUUCUGAAAGAGCUGAACCUGACCAGCAUUGCUGAGCUUCGCAAUGUUUCAUAUGAAACAUUAAAUGACUACGCUACCACCAACGGUAUUUGGUAUGAGUCGACUGAUCUCGUUAAUGUCAGUGCGUAUAUGGAGCCUCCUGAAUGGCGACCUGUCCACGAUGGUUACGUCCUUCCUCUUGGCUACGGCGAGUCACUUCGCUUCAACAAACACCACGACGUGCCCAUCCUUACAGGAAACAACAAGGACGAAUCAGGUGCAUCUACCUCACCGGGCUAUACUGUGAGCACAUACCACACAGAUUUUACCAAUGUCUUUGGGGAUUUAUCUUCCAAAUUCUUCGACCUCUUCCCCGCCAGCAGCACCACGGAGGCAAAUCAAAUGGUCAAUGAAAUUUAUCGUGAUAUCAGUCGCACUGGUACUUGGGACUGGGCGCAUGACUGGAUCUCUGGGGGUGCGCAAAGUGACGUCUACACCUACUUCUGGACCCAUGCGCCACCUAACGGGAAUGGAGGGGCCUAUCAUGGCUCGGAGCUGUACUAUGCCUUCCACUCGCUGCCAUAUGCCGAUUCAUCGGCUAACUGGACCCAGACGGACUACGCCGUCGCUGCCACCAUGACCUCCUACUGGGCGAAUUUCAUCAAGAGCGGCAGUCCUAACGGGGCAGGUUUGCCCUACUGGGCACCAAGCAAGGAGAACCAGACCACUAUGUGGCUGGGUGACUCUUGGGGAUCAGGUUCCGUGGCUCAAAGUCAGGAGGUCAUUGACUUCAUCCGUGAUUGGUUCAGUGAGAAUAUUGAAUGGUAG